AUGAGCUCCGAGUAUAACUUCCUCGUUCAACGCGGCGACGGUUUGGGUCAGCUUUUCGAUACUCAAGCCCUUCUCACUCCUGAUGCACCAGCAGUUGUCGACGGCAUUCGCAUUUCGACCUACACAGAAAUUCGCCUAAGGAGCAUACGCCUAGCGUCUCAGCUCCGGCAAAAGGGAAUCAGUUUGGAAGAGCCCAUUGGGAUUAUUGUCUACCCCAGUGUCAAUGACGUGAUCACUCAGAUUGCAGUGAUAUAUGCCGGGGGAAGCUGUGUCCCCCUGGACCCAAACCUUAGCGACGAGCAGCUAGAGUCGAGAUUAAAAAAGCUCAACACACGGUACACAAUUGUCGAUUGUGCAAACGAAAACCGUUUAUCCGGCUUCCAUCAAUUGGUCGUCAGUGAGGAUGAAGUUGAGAAUGGAAUCCCAUGCGCCGAGGCUUCGCCUGAUCUUCCUGUUUCGACAUCAUUCGAACAUCGUACCCAUCUAAUCCAUACAUCAGGAACCACAAGUGAGCCCAAGGCGGUCCAAAUCCUUGCUCGAUCAGUUCUGGAGGUUGUUUGUCACUUUCCUUUUGUUCCUCUAGACAAGGAAGAUGCCGUUGCACAUGUAAACAGCACCAGCUUUGAUGUCUCCCUUGUCGAUGUAUGGGCACCCCUUUUACGAGGGGCUCGCGUCGUUCUCGUUUCUAAGAAUAUCCUCCUCGAUCCCUUUGCACUGGCCGACACAGUAAAAAAGUUUCACAUAACAGUCAUGGCGACAACGUCUGCUGUUCUGAAUCUCGCAGCUGUUGUCCACCCGUCAGCAUUUUCUGGCCUAAAGAUGUGCAUGAUCGGAGGAGAAGUUGCUCAGCCAUCGGCCGUGAAAACCAUACUAGAAAACGCGCCACCAGGCCAGCUAAUUAAUGCUUACGGCCCGACCGAAUGCUGUGCAUUUGCUCUUGCGCACAGAGUCACCCUUGAUGAUACCAAGGAAGACUCGAUCAGUAUCGGAAAGCCCAUUGGUGCAACAUCAGCCUUCAUCCUUGAUGAGUCCAUGUGUCCCGUAAAAGAUGGCGAGGUCGGAGAAUUAUAUCUGGGCGGGCCAGGCGUCAGCCGCGGCUACGUUAACAAUCCUCAAAAAAACUCUGAAGCUUUUCUCGAAAUUAACGGCUUGACGAAAUUGGGAAUGUCAAGCGUGGUUUAUCGCACUGGUGAUUUUGUCAAACGGGACCAGUCCGGUCGCAUCUUUUUCGUUGGCAGACGCGAUAACCAGGUUAAAAUCCGUGGAUUCCGUAUUGAGUUGGAGGCUGUUGAAACAGCAUUGCUAAAGACAGGUCGUUUCUCAGAUGCUGCCGCAUUUAAAGUUGAUACUUCCGGCCAUGGAACAGGAGGAAUGUUGGUGGCAUACGCUGUUACAAGUCUUCAUUCAACAGAUACGCUCGUUGGGGUUGCCGAUAGGUUGAAGAUCAUGCUCCCAGAAUACAUGAUCCCACGCAUAGAACUGAUCGACAAACUGCCCUUAAAUUCCCACGAUAAGGUUGAUCGCAAGAAACUCGUCACCAUGUACCUAGAAAGAGCCCAAGCCCAAUCAGAGUCGGUUUCAAAACACCUAAAAUCGAUGACAACUAUACAUCGCUUGCAACAACUUUGGUAUGACAUCCUAGGCUUGGGUAUAACAAGUUUUGAGGAUCAUGAUGACUUUUUCCUCUUGGGUGGCACUUCUCUUCAAGCUGCUGUGCUCAUUCACCGAAUUCGAAACGAGUUCGACAUCGAUAUCUCGACGUUAACACUUUACGACAACUCCACCUUGAUCGGGCUAGCAACUGUAAUCGAUAGCUUCAGGAAGGGAACAUUCAUCGAGAAGGACGAGCGACAACUCUGGUUAGCAGAUGCCAAAUUAGGUGAAUGCAUCAGUGUCCCCAGCAAAUCUCCUCUCAACUGGCGUCGCGAUACGGAAGGCCGUGUCUUCCUGACAGGUGCUACCGGCUUUGUGGGUGCCUUUUUCCUGGUCCGAUUGCUCGAGAUGCCAGAUGUCCACCAGGUGGGAUGCCUGGUGCGUGCUUCUAGCGUUGAGACGGGUUUCAAGCGCCUUCGCCAGAUCCUGGAAAAAUACAAACUUUGGAACGAAUCGCUCAUGGCGAAAUUGCUUGUCCUCCCUGGAAACCUCGAGGACGACAACCUGGGAUUUACCAAGGAAAGAUUUGAAGAGAUUGCCGAAUGGGCGAGCGUGGUGUUCCAUCUCGGCGCACGUGUCAACUAUAUCCAGCCUUACUCCGUUCAUCGCGCCGCUAACGUCAUCGGAACUCUGAACAUCCUGCGUCUCGUUAGCAUCGGAAGACCCAAGACGCUUCAUUACGUCUCAAGCAUCUCCUGUUUCGGGCCUACAGGAAUGAUCACCGGCGCCUCGAGAGUUUCCGAAGAUGGCCCAAUGCUGCCUCACCUUGAUGCGCUGUCAUACGACCAUGGAUACGCCCAGAGCCAGUGGGUCGUUGAAUACAUGCUACAGAAUUUGAUCAACCGGGGAUUCCCUGUCGCCGUAUACCGACCGGGAUCCGUCACGGGUCACACUGUCAGCGGUGUUGGCAACCCUGAUGAUUUCCUCUGUCGUUUGAUCAACACAUGCUUCGAGAUCGGAUGUUGCCCCUUGCUUCCUGGUCAGCGGAAAGACGUUGUCCCGGUUGACUAUGUCUGUUCUGCCAUUCUCCACAUCUCUUCGUCAAACAAGAACCUGGGGAAGGCAUUCCACAUAGUCCCACAUUCGUCAAAUCGCCUGAAGCCGCUGCAACCAAUGCUGCAGCAGAAGUAUUACAAAGGGCUCACCCGUUGGGAGAUGUAUGAAAACAUGCCAAUCUACAGUACCGAAAACAUCGACCGUGCUCUCAAGGACUACCCGGGGGGGCUGGCCUCUCCGCCGCUAGAUGAAAAAUUAGUUCGCCUCUACCUUGCGCAGUGGGAAGCUGACAAUACUCAGGCUAGUCGAUCAAAACCCAAGCGUCCAAGAUCUGCUGAUGACGGAAUAUUGGCCACAGAGUGGAUGGGAGUGAAGCAAAUACGUGCAUCGUCUGGGAGUUGA